AUGCCACGGAAGACACCAGACCUGGAUCUGGACUUCAACAUUUUUGUCGACCCAUCUUGUCUGAGCGCACCCAUGGACGACGAAACCCUCGCCACCAUGCCGCCCUCGUCCGAAGAGGUGCAGGCCCCGGCCGUUGUUCCCGACACACCGGACGAACCGGCUGCAGAAGUGGCGGUAGAGGAUGCGGAGCGGGUAGCCGAAGACUCCACAAGCGGUGCUGCCGAAGAGGCGCAGGAACAUUCCGCACCGGAGGCAGAUGUCACACUCGCAGACGAGGCGCCAAUUGAAGAGCAACCUGAGCCUGAGAUUACAGAGUCAGAGACAGCGGCCGAGGAGCAAGAAGAUGAGGACGCAGCACAGACGACGUCCACCGAGGAGGAAACUCCGGGAACCGAAGACGCCUCGGUUCCGGAAUCGUCCACGGAGGCAGACUUGGAAGUCACACCCGAGCCGGAGGCCGACGAACCCGCCCCCGAGCCGGAGCAAUGCGACGAGCCCUCCCCCGAGAUCGACGAGCCCGAAGCCGAUACCACGUUCGACGCCGAGGCAGUCGAAGAACCCGGUGCCGAGACCGACCCGGCAGAAGAACCUAUGGCAGAAGAUUACGUCCCGGAACCGGAGACAGAGGUUGCCGACACCGAGUCGGUGGAGCAGCCCGCGGUCGAUGAGUUCAUUGCCGAGCCACAGGAGGACGAGCUGCCACAAGAAGAGGACCAAGUACCCGAAGAGGAGGAGGUACCGGCACCAGAAGUUGCAGAACACACAGCUGCCUCGGACGAGCCGGCCGAGGCAAUGACUGUUGAUGAUUUAGAAGAGACGAACAACGCUUCGGACGCACCACAGGAGGAAGACAGUCCGGAGGAUGUCGACGCCUCAAUAUCACAGGCCGCAGAGCCAGACGUCAACGAGGAGGACCUCAGUCGUCAGCGAAGCUCUGUCGAUAGGAAAGCGUCGCUCCGGACCGAAGCCCUUAUCCAGGCCGCCGCCCGUGCCGUCGUCGCCAAGAUCGAGAAGCGCAAGAGCGGUGACAUGCCACAAGAGGAAGAUGAGUUGGAUAACUCGCUUGUGAGCAAUGAUUCACAGGACACCUACGUCCUAGGCGACGAGGGACAAAGCACACUCAGCGUCGAUGCACCCGACAGCCGGCGGCAAUCCUCCGAAUCUCAAGCCCGCCAUAUUCCCUCCCGUUCCAUCUCUAGCGACGACGCUGGCGACAGCAGCUCCCACAACGAGCGCGACGAUGACGUUUUCAGCGACCGCAGCGCCCGCAGCUCCCUCUACUCGCUUGAUCAGCACGACGACGCGGACAUCCCCAGCAUCAAAACCCCGCAAGCCAAGGAGAGUUUCUCGCGGCGCGAUUCGUACGCCUCCAGCCAGCCACACGACCACUCCUCCGCACGCACCGCGUCCAACUUCUCCAACAUCUCGGGCCUGUCCUCGUACGACGACCCCAAACUCACCUUCAUCCCCACCCACCGCGAGACGCGCAUGCCGUUCCGCACCCCCUCCGAGAUCCGCGCCAUGCAGAUGGCAUCCCCCACACCAUCCGUCUUCAGCGGCAGCUCGCCAUCACGGUCCUCGACGCACAAGCACCACCACCACCAAGGGCCGCGCAGCAGCAACGGUGGCGGCGGCGGCCCGCCAUCCUCCAUCUCCCGCCUCGGCAGCCCCACCGUCUCCGCCCAGUACUCCCCCAAGGGCCGCUCCACCCCGCCGCGCUUCAAGUCGGCCCGCAAGGAGGCGCCCCUCGUCCUGCUGCACGUCACCCUCCUCCCGCUGCGCUGGGUCUGGGGCGACGUGCUCAACACCCUCGACUCGGUGCUGCAGCCGCCCGCCAAGGCUGCCACCGCCACCACCGCCGGGGAGGAUGCGGCCGCCGCCGCCGCCGCGGGGGCUACUGCACCCGCGCAGCUGUUCGAGCCCAGCGACCCGCUCAAGACGCUGCGCGACGCCUGGCGCGAGCUGCAGGACCGUGUGGGUGACACGGUCCUGGAGAGGGGCAUUCUGCUGCCCCACCCGCAGAACGAUUAUGAGGUGCUCGAGGAGCGCCUGCUCGAGGCGCUGGAGCUGCCGCUGAAGCGCCGGGCGCGGAUUCUCGAGUGUGGCCACUAUGUGGGCCCGGCGAACGUGCCUGAGGAUGGGGAGAGUGAUGAUGAGGGGCUGGAUGGGGCUGAGGGGAAGACACAUUGGUGCGGGAUGUGCGGUAGUGAGAUUCGGUGUGAGGAUCUGGGGACGGGGAGGGUGUUUCGCGUUAAGGUGUAUGCCAGUAAUGGGCUGAUGAGGGCGGGGGCGUGGGAGGCGUGUUGGAAGGAGAUGGAGCGUGUUGAUAUUGAGGUCGAGCCGAUUGUGGAGUUGGCUGUGCAGAACGAGCUGGAGAAGCUGGCCGUGUUGCAGAUGGAGCUGGAAGAGCAGCGGCGGCGGGAGCUUGAGCUGGAGAGGAUGCCCGACCCUGAGCCGGAGCGCAAGUCAGACCCGGACAGGCGCGCCGCGAGCCGGCAGCAGGCUGAUCUUGCCGCCGAAGCGGAGAUGGAAUCCCAACGAGGCAUGGCAUCCUCUCCGGCACCCUCGGCGCUGCAGCUUGCCAUGCGCGCUGCUACUCCCCAGCCCUCGGCAUCCAACACGCUCGUCCGUGCCGGCACCCCAGCCGGCUACGGCGUCGACGCCUCCGAAGAGCGCCGCCUCCGUGACGAGGAACGCAUGCGCGAGAUCUACGGCGACAUGCCAUCCACCACACCCAACCCAGCACCCUCAUCCGACCACCAGCAACAACAGCAACAACAACCACAACCCCAACAGCAACAACAACCACAAUCACACCCUCAUUACCAACAACACCAACAACAACACACACCCCCACCCCCCCUACCCAUGCUCACAGACGGCACCCACCACCCCCAAGACCCCUACCGCCCGCGCCCCAUCGUCCUCGACGAGAACGCCGGCUUCCUCGACCUGCUGACCCAAGCCUUCAAGGUGCUGCUGCGCGACCCCAAGAACGUCGCCAUCAUCCUGCUGUGCGUGUUCCUCGUCGUUAUGGUGAAGCGGCCUGGUGCGACGGCGGGGGUGGAAAACCAGGUGCAGGUGGUUCCGCAGGCGCCGGUGGUUCAGGGGGUUCAGGGGGUGGGGCAAGGGUCCGGGUUCGGGCAGGGGGUGGGGUAUCGGGUUGAGGGGUUUGAGGGGUUUGAGGGGGGGAAGGGGGAGGGUUAUGCUGGUGUUGGUGGUGGUGCUGCUGGGGAGAGGGAGAGGGAGGUGGAGGUGGGGGUUGAGGUUGUUGAGGCUGCCGAGGAGAAGGAGGUUGAGGAGCCGGUCGAGGUUGAGGAAAAGACAGUUGUGGAGGAGGUUCCAGUGGUGGAAGAGGCGGUCGAGCAGCAGGUGGUGCUGGAGAGUCGGGAAGAGGAUGUUGUGGAGGCUCAGGAGGUUGCGGAGCCUGAGGCCCGGGAGCCAGUUCCCAGUUUCGAGCUCCCUGCCGAUGUGUGCGCGCCACGCGGGCCGGAGUACCCUGUCACCCUGGUGGGUGAAAUGCCUGCGGCGGAGGUGUCGUCGGAUUUGGAGACUGAGGUUGAACAGCCUCUUACGGAUGACGCCGCUGAGACCAACGCCCUCGACAACGCCGUAACCGGGGAGGAGGAUGCCACAACCAAGUGCGACCUCGACAGCGACCCCAACGGCUCCGACUCGGACGCCCUGCAGGCAUCCACCUCUGCCUUUUUGCCGGGGCCGUUCGUCACGGAGCGCACGACGGUGCGCGUGUUCGAGACGGUCACGCAGACGGUGCGCGUCAGCGUCGUCACCCAGACCGAGACCGUCUCGACCGUCGUCACCGCCGUGCCCCAGACGGUCGAGGAGACCGUGUUCGAGACCGAGACGGUCCGCAUCACCGUGUCGGUGCCCGUCGAGGAGCAGAAGAAGAAGGCGAAGCCGACUAAGGGCUGCCAGGAGAAGGAGAAGGGGUGGUUUUGAAUGUGGUAUGCGAUGCUACGAAUGUAUGGGUUGGGAUGGAUGAUCUGCUAUGAUUGGGAUAUGGGGGGUUCCUGGAUAUGAUUUGAUGGUUUUGUUGUGGACGGUGUGAUGUAUGUAUGUGGGGAUAUGGUUUCUUUUGUUCUUUUCUGAUCUGUUUAAUGUUACCUAGUCUAUGCAUAGCGGUAGAAAUGUCUGAUGAAAAUCAAAUGGGAGAAUGUUGGCGUC